ACAGAGAGACAGAGAGAGAGAGAGAGAGAGAAAGAAAGAAAGAAAGAAAGAAAGAAAGAAAGAAAGAAAGAAAGAAAGAAAGAAAGAAAGAAAGAAAGAAAGAAAGAAGGGGACUCAGAAACUCAGACAGAUGUGACCAACACAGCAGCUCUAGCAACCAUGGACUUCUGCAAUAUGUGGGUACCAGAAAUCAGGAUGUCAAAGCCAGUAGAGGUUGAGAACACAGGGGCUGACUCUCCAAUUGAGAGCACAGAUUCAGAGCGGAAUGGUCCUGAUAAAAACCAUCAGCUUCAGCAGAUGAAAAUCAGUCCCCUUCACCUUUCUCCAACCCUCAGCAGCAACAAGAAUAAGAUGGAAGAGUGUGGUGAGAUGUCCCUGGGCCCUGCUCCCCACCACAGCCACGCCCCCUCACAGACGCCCCUCCCACACACACAGCUCAUGCUGACCGGCUCCCAACUGGCAGGGUUGACUGCUCUCUUGCCAGCGCAGCAGCAGUUGUUACUGCAGCAGGCUCAGGCUCAGCUUCUAGCUGCAGCUGUGCAGCAGUCUGUUCAGCAGUCCAACGCAGCUCACGCAGCUCACGCAGCCCACGCAGCCGCUCAAGCCAAUCAGCAAGCUCAGGCAGCCGCAACAGCCAAUCAACAUGCCCAGCAGCAGCAGGCGGGACAGACAGGGCAGCAGGGCCAAUCACAGCCCCAGGGACAGAGCACACAGGAACAGACAGGUCAACCUGUCCCUGUCCCGCCCACUCAUCCCCAGCUCACCCUCUCUCAGCCAAUUCAGCUCACCGCCCAGGACAUCCAGCAGUUGUUGCAGCUGCAGCAGUUGGUUCUGGUGCCAGGACACCACCUGCAGUCUCCUCAGUUCCUCCUCCAACAGCACCAAGGGCAGCAAGGCCUACUGAUUCCCUCACUUCUUCACUCGUCAGGACUGCUAUCAACACCAAAUCUGAUUCAACUACCUCAGCAAAACCAAGGGAGCCUCCUGUCCACUCCCAGGCUGGGGCUCCAAGCACAGAGAGACAAGGCUAUGGAGGGCAGUGGGGUCAUGACCUCUGUGUCCUCUGUGACCUCUCACCCCGAGGAGCCCAGUGACCUUGAGGAACUGGAGGUGUUUGCCCGCACCUUCAAACAGAGACGCAUCAAACUGGGCUUUACACAGGGUGACGUGGGAAUGGCCAUGGGGAAGCUAUAUGGUAAUGAUUUCAGCCAGACCACCAUCUCUCGCUUCGAGGCCCUCAACCUGAGCUUUAAGAACAUGUGCAAACUCAAACCACUACUGGAGAAGUGGCUCAAUGAUGCAGAGACCAUGUCCACAGACAGUACUAUGCCCAGCCCCAGCUCUCUGUCCUCUUCCUCAAUGGGCUUCGAGGGCCUGCCGGGCCGACGCAGGAAGAAAAGAACCAGCAUUGAGACUAACGUCCGUGUGGCCCUGGAGAGAGCCUUCAUCACGCAGAACCAGAAGCCUACCUCAGAGGAGAUCCUGUGUAUCGCGGACCAGCUCAGCAUGGAGAAGGAGGUGAUCCGCGUGUGGUUCUGCAACCGCCGACAGAAAGAGAAGCGUAUCAACCCCAACAGUGCCACCCCACCCUUGCCCAGCCAGCCCCCCCAAGCCCCACCGACGCACAAACCCCCCUGCUACAGCCCACACAUGAUGUCCAGUCAGCUGUCCAGUCAGCUGUCCCAGGCAGUGACCAGCCUCAGUACCACAUUGACCACCAUGUCAUCGUUCUCCCCUCAUACCCCCAGUGGUCCCACCCACUCAUCUCUCAGCUCUGCCUCCUCUCCAGUGACUCCUCCUCGAAGCAGUUUAAGCCCAGCCCCUCCCAGCCACAGCACACUGAGUCUCAACACAGGCUUAUGGCGUUUGGGUAAAAAGAAUGGUGACGUGUCUAACUACAUCACCGAUUUUGCUGCAAACUUGAGGAACACUGUGAUGGGAGUAAACACAGGGAACCAGGCUCUGAACCAAGCUCUCCUCAGCAACAACCCUCUGGCUACUAUACAAGCCCUAGCAGCCAGUGGUGGCCAGCUGCCCCUUUCCAGUCUUGAGGGAGGCAGUAAGGUGUUGCUGGGUGGUGCAGGGGGGCAGGGAGGGGGUCUCCAGUCCUCCUUCUUCCUCAACCACCCCGCUUUCCUCCACAUGGGCCAGAAUUCUGGUUCUGGAUUGAUCAGCCCUGCCGUAGCCAAAGCAUCUCAGCCCUCCCCUUUCCCCUCCACCAGUAGCAUAAGCCCCACCCCCUGCUCCCCCUCCCCUUGCUCUAGCCCCGCAUCUUCCUGCGACUUCAAUGAAUUGGCACACAGCCCAUCUUCGUUGGGAGGGGCUAAGAUUGAGUGACACAGCCAAGCGCCAAUCAGAGAGGAGAAGGAGAAAGGAGGAAACGACAACCUCGCCUUUCAACCAAAGCUAUCUCUUUUAUCACUCUCGCCCUACACUCUCUCUCUCCCCCCCAGUCUUUCGAUGCCAAAAAUACACAGAAUGAAAGAGAGGAGAGGGGGGAGUCAGAAGUGAAAAGGGGGAGAAGGGGGGAAAGAGGAAGAUUUAAACCAAAGAUCUUUAUCUAUCCAAAGUGAUGGAGGAGGCAUCAUGGGACUGUUUAGUCAAUACUGAGUGAUAUCGCACCUCUCCUUUCUGUCUCUCUUUCUUCCCCAGGAAAAUAAACCAAUGUCAAAUAACAGGAUUAGAGAUGUGCGUCGAAUCGCGUGAACCAAAAAUGACAAAAAUAAGCAUUACUGUGUGUUUUGGGGGAAUGGUGACAGGGACAGAAAGAAUAAGUUGAUGAAUUUCUUUGAAAAGCUGCAGGUCUGAAAGAGGAGGAGAUGGGAGGAGGAUUUUAAACCAAAAAUGUACCUGAGGAGGAGAAGAGGAACGCACGAUGACAAAAAUCAACAACCAUACCAAAAUCCCAGAAACCAAAAAUACGGAAGGAAAAGCUUUAUCCAAACGACUUGUACAUACUGAUCCUAUCCAGGACCAGGACUCUGCCACACACACACACACACACGAUGUCCACAGCCAAUCACAUUCAUCCAUCCAAUCAGUCAUCCACCCAUCAUGUCUGUCAUUGUCUGUCACUCACUUUCACAGCAAUUUUGUUGUUUCUGUGGGAUAUUUGAGAUUGUUGUAAAUGGUUGAUACUGAACGAGCCAAGCUUACAGGUGUUUCUCUGUUUGACUUGUCCUACCUCUGCUUCUUUAAGUAUCCUAUCUCCCCCUUGAUUCCCAAUAGUUUACUGAUAGAGUUGGAGUCUGUCAUCAUCAUCCUGUGCCAUUUACUUCAUGUUGUCAGAGAUAAUAAGAGACAAUAGGGAACAAGAGAUCAGGCUGAGUGUAGCAGUUUCCAGCCUUGAUAAAAACCUCUCUCUCUCUCCGUAAUUACUCACACCAAAAUGACUCACUUGAUGAAAUAAUAUUAGACUUAGACUCAAUGUAGUCCUUGUGAAUGGCCAAUCCACCAUGAUGACAGUAUGAAAUUGAGCAUGAUUGGAGAUUUAAACUAGUAACAUUGAGGCAAGAAAGAGGUAAAUGAAUAAAAAUGUUAGUUUAGUCAUGGACAGGUCUUUCUUACGUUGUCAAUCAGCCAUCUGUCUCGACAUGCAGUAGAGAAACAGAGAUCAAAACCUGGUUAAUGUUUAAUAUACAUUGUUUUUAUUGUUCAUCAUCCCUCCAUCCAUCCCAUUUUCACUGUCAUUUUCCACCCAAAUCUGCCAUUAUUACACGUUUAAACCAAAGCAUUUGUUACUCUUCAGAGGAGUCAGCCAUGACAUUAACACUCACAUACUGUAGGGGUUGGGGACACACCCUACCCCUCCCGCUGAACCCCCCUAGUUGACCCCUUCCAUCUCCUUAUGCCCGAGAGGGUCACUUCAAAAGGACAGAACCCUCACCCAACAUAAAAGGGGUGCAUACGGGGAGGGGAUCGGAUGGUGCGAUGGGAUCAAACAUACAGAAAGAGGGGAUGUUUUUAAGAGGAUACCAAAAAUACAAACCAAAAAUGUCAGAAACAAACCAAAAAGAAACAGCCAAAUAUGGAUGGGGGGGGUGAGGGGAGGAGGACAAGUGUAGUUUUUUACAGACUGGAGCUGACACCUCUGUCUGUUAUCCAACUAACUGGGCUUCAGUGGCCCUCUCUAAACUGUGUAGCACAGAUGGACAGAUGUAUAGAUAGACAUCCUCCCUUUCCCCUGUCUUUUUCUCUCCAAACUCAGCUCUUCUUCUCUGGUCCUGGAUGGAGAAAUCUCUAAUGACCUCAUUGAACUGAAUCUUCAAAGUUUUUAUUUUCCUGUUUGUUGGUUUAUUUUGUAUUUGAUUUGUUUGCUGUGUCUCUUGAUGCUGUUUAUGUGCUGUUCUUUACUCAUUUGGGAUAAUAACGUAUUCGCUUGCUACGACAGCUCCUUAUUUUUUCCUAGUUGUUCUAGAGAUUUUUAAUCAGGUGGUUGGAAAAAUACUGUGAAAAUGUAGCUUCCAGAUUUUUAUUAGAUAAAAAAAAACCUGACUGUCUUGGCAGAAAAAAGACACAUAAAAAGUCCAAAACAAGAGUUGAAAAGCAAAACGUGCAAACCAAACACCAAACCAAACACCAAAUACCAAACCAAACACCAAAUACCAAACCAAACACCAAACCAAAC